GGGAUUCAAGGGACAGAUCUCUGCUCUGACACUGUCUCCAAGAUGCAGGACCUUGCUGAAGAAGCUCCAUCCCGGGAAACAUUCAACCUCAGGUUGGAUAGGGCUCUGAGCAACCUGAUCUAGUUGAAGAUGUCCCUGCUCAUGGCACGGGGGUUGAACUGAGUGGCCUUUAAAGGUCCCUUCCAACCCAAACUAUUCUAUGAUACUAUGAACACCCACAGUUUCUGUGGUCGAUGGUGAAGAGAGGUAUGGGCAUGAGUAGGUGUGGGCAUCAGGACUACUGUAUUCUUGGCUGCUGGCUUGAGUCACUUUGGUUGAACUCUUGAACCUUUCUUGCCUUCUGGCCUUCACCCUAAAAAUGAGGGUGACGCUUGCGUGGUGGCCAGCUGACUUUGGUGGAAGCUCCCAAAGGGCUGCGGGGGCAGCCAAAGCCAACCCCUCCAGCCCACAGAGCGUGAUGGGUCCUGACAUGUCCUGGCGGCCGCUAGUCCAGAGCUGCCUCGCCUUUAUCAGCUCUCUUGCUGCUUGCCCUCUUUUCCUGGCCUGUCCUUUCAACAGCAGAAAUGCGGAAAAACCAGUUCUGUGGUUAAUUGCUGAACUUCCCUCCACGCCCAUGGGGCAGGUCUCCUCCUCCUCCUCACUCACUCUCUGGGUGCACUUCAGCCUCCAGCCACUUUGGUCCUGCCUGUGCUUAGCCAGCUCAGGUGCACCUUCUGGCCUCUGUGCUCCUUCCAUUAAUCAUAUGGCUUCUCCUGCCUUCCUCUUUUUCCUCUGUCUAUAAAAGCUUCUGGCUCUCUGGUGGCUCCCUCUCCCUUGGGCAACCCAGUGGGUUAGCCCACAGGUGCAGAAGGUUCAGGCAGCUGCCUUCCUGGCCCUGCCCUGCCCAAAGGGAUAACAUUUGGACAUGAUGGCUGGAGGCAACGAGAGGAGCAUCAAGGCCCUGAGGGAGGUGUGGAGAAGAGUGGAAAACUCUUUGUGUGCAGACUGCGGGAAGCCAGAUCCGGACUGGGCAUCCUCUACUUUGGGUGUCUUCAUAUGCCUCAGCUGCUCAGGAAUUCACCGCAAUAUCCCUAGCAUCAGCAAAGUCAAAUCCCUGAAGAUGGACCACUGGGACGAUGCUCAGGUGCAGUUUCUGGCCAAGCAUGGGAAUGCUGUGACUAAAGCCACAUAUGAAGCUCACAUCCCUAUUUACUAUUACCAGCCAACCUACCAUGACUGCCAAGUGCUGAGAGAACAGUGGAUACGGGCCAAAUAUGAACGCAAAGAGUUCACUGAGCCAGGAAAACAUCUGCCAUAUGCUGAUGGGGUGAAGGAAGGCAUCCUCUGGAAGCGAGGCCGAGAUAAUGGGCAGUUCCUGCCCCGCAAGUUCCUCUUGUCUGAGAGAGAGGGAUGUCUGAAGUAUUUCACCAAGCAGGAUGCCAAAGAACCCAAAAUCAAUAUUAAAAUAGAUGUCAUCAAUGCUACGUUCCAGCCAGUGAAGAUUGGGAACCCUAAUGGCCUGCAGAUCACCUACCUCAAAGACAACAAGACCCGGAAUAUAUUUGUCUACCAUGAAAGUGGAAAGGAGGUAGUGGACUGGUUCAAUGCCAUUCGCUCUGUGCAGUUCCAUUAUCUGAAGGUAGCAUUUCCCAUUGCCAGCGAUAAUGAGAUUAAAAAUCGGCUGACAAGAAACUUCCUAAAAGAGGGAUACAUGGAGAAGACUGGUCCCAAGCAGAGAGAAGCGUUUAAGAAGCGCUGGUUUACCCUGGAUCACCGCAGGCUCAUGUACUUCAAGGACCCUUUGGAUGCGUUUGCUAAGGGUGAGGUAUUUGUGGGCAGCAGAGAGAAUGGGUAUAGCGUCCAAAAAGGAUUGCCUUCAGGGACACAGGGCAACUUCUCUUGGCACUAUGGCAUCACCAUCGUCACGCCUGACCGGGAAUACCUCUUCACCUGUGAGACAGAGUCUGACCAGCUGGACUGGAUUGCAGCCUUCACUAGUGUCAUCAACCAGGCCAUGACACCACAGGAAUAUGCAAUUGAAGCCUACUUCAAGUUUAAAUCCUAGGAAGCCAGGCGGAAACCCUGAUAUGACUCAACUCUACCUGGUCCUGUGAGACGGGCUGUCAGGACUGAAGAUUGACAUCAGAGAAACACAGUGCUCUUGAAGCACCCUUUGAAGCACUUUUUUUCCCCUGUAGAUGGUCCACUUUGUUCUGGGGGCCAAAUUAAGCUGCUUCCUUUCAAGUGCAAGAUUUCGUGAAUCUGAAUCCUCAGUGCAACCUGCCAGUGUUAAACUGCUGUGAUCUGACUGGAUCUUGACAGGCCUUGCCUGUCAAUCAGGUCUUGAAAACUUGGCACUUGCUGUGUUGGACAUGGGACCUAGCAUCACUCCUCCAUGAAACUGCGGACAGCCACCUGCCUUAUGCAAGAAAACAGCUGCCUGGCUGGAGCUACACUUCAGUGGGUUGCAGGGGCUGCUGGAUUAGAAGAGACUGUUCCUUUACAAGAAAUGGCUUCUCUGCUGGUGACAGAGAUGUGAGACAUUGAGAUAUUUAAUCAGUUAGAUCUGUAGUUGAGAAAGGUCACUUAAAAGAUGUAAUCUAACAGACAAAUGUGAGGCCUGCUUCCUCCUGCCAUGAAUGAGCUUGAAAGCUUCUUCAGACCACGUUUGUGUGGACACCUUCCUUUGAUUGCUACAGAGAAGAUUAAGGGAUCAGCUUGAAACAAUAUGUGUGGAUAUGUGUGUGUAUGUGGAUAAUGAGUAUGUGUGCAUAUAACAAAAAGCAGUGGGAAGCGGAAUAUUGCCCUAGGGAAGACAAUGUGAGGGAUAUUCAUGCCAUUAAAGUUCAGAUGUCAAAUCUGAGCCUCUAGUCAAACCCAAAUGAAUGAGUCCUGCAGAGAGCAGCUUGUGGCAUCUGAUACAGAGUUCAGAUUCUCUGUUGUCUUUACCAGAGCCUGCGGGUUGAUGUGUGAAGCAAGUAUCACCUGAGUCUCUGCUCCCUCAUUCUCUGUGUCGAAGGCCUGGCACUUUCAUUCUCCCCUAUACAUUACAUUUGUAUGUAUACUGUAUUUCUAUUCAGUAGUAUAAAAGGGAAGUGUGUAUGCUUAUGUCCUUCUAGUAACAGUUGAUCCUAACUACUCAAUCAAC